CGAAACAGUCCCAGUCUGACUGGUUCGACGUUCGGCGGUCCUGAGUCGCCGCGUUCGAUCAACCGCAUCAACCAGCGUCAGAAUAGAUCUUGGCAUGAAUAUCAGGACGACAGAAUACACCCAGUUCAAGCGGUCAGAAGUCCUGGAUUGACUUCACUGCUGCAGUCGCCUAUCAGCAAGACAAGCGGCUCUAAGGGAUGGACUGACAUCGAAGCUGGCAACUCUGCAACCAAGAACACUACAUUGAGGGAGCCCGCUUCUCACACCGAGCCCCGGAGCUGGAGACACAUCCUCGCCGGCAUGGCGGUACUCUUCAAUUGCUGGGGCGUCAACUUCGCCUUUGGUGUUUUUCAAGAAUAUUAUGUGAAUUGGUAUCUUUGGGGGACCUCCCAAGGAAAAGUAGCCUGGAUCGGCUCCACUCAGCUCGGGUUCAGCUUCUUACUUGCCAUGCCCGUUGGCAAAGCCUUCGAUCUUGGGCAUUUCAGGCCUUGCUUCUUCGGCGGCGCAGUCAUCCUACUAGCCGGACAGCUGUCCCUUAUCGCUUGUAAAAACUGGCUCGGAAUCUUCCUUACACAAGGUGUGAUGAUGGGCAUCGGAUCCGGCCUGAUGUUCGUGUCAGGCGCACUCUACAUCAGCAGCUUCUACGAUGACAAGUUUGACAUGGUGAUGUCGACGAUUUCCUUGGGAGCACCCCUCGGCGGUAUCGUGUAUACGGUCGUCGCGCAGCAGCUGCUUCGGUAUAGCACCUUCACGACUACAUGCUUGGUCUUUGGCGGCAUAAUAACCGUGACCAUGGUACCAGCUUCCUUCAUGUUCCUCGGGCAGCCAAAUCGGAAAGGAAAGCCGAAGCAGAUUAUCGACAUGGGCAUCUUCGGUGAGCCGGCCUAUAUGCUCAUGUGCUUGGGCAUGGCUUUUAGUUUCUGGGGCUUUUAUAUCGGGUUCUACUUCAUCAUCAUCUACGCCAUCGAAGUCCUAAGCAUCUACCCCCUCGAAGCCGCCAACUUCCUCAUCGCUAUGCUGGGCGUCAACAUCGCCGGCCGCUUCUUCGCCAUGAUAAUCUCCCGCGACCUCCUCGGCCCCCUCACCACCCUCAUCUUCUUCACCGCGAUGAGCGCGUCCGUCGCGAAUCUCUGGAUGAACGUCGGCAAGAAGUGGGAGCUCUACUUCAUUGGCUGCCUCUACGGUUUGGUCUCUGCUGGAGUGCAAGGCCUGUUUAUCCAGACGAUAACGGCGUUUAUCGAGAGGACUGGCCCUACGCGUGGGUUUCGGAUGGGGGUGGUGCUGACGGCAAUUGGGUUGGGGGCAUUGACAGGCGCGCCGCUGGGAGGGUGGAUGGUGGGAAUACGGGGGCCGUUUCCCUUUUGCUGGAUGCAGGUGUUUGCGGUGGUGGUCAUGUAUGUGGGGGCUUUGUGUUUUUUGGCGGCGAGGUACUUGAGGGUUGGGUGGUCGAUGGAGAGGAUUUGAGGCUUGGUUUGGGGGGCCUAUGGUGGCUUUGGUUUGGGGAGUUAGACUUUAAUAUAUCGAUGUUGGC